AUGGUCUCUGCAGAGACAGCGUCAGGGAGGCACGCGUGUUCAAGAUCCAAGGGUACUCACGAUACAAGGCCACCGCCGGCAUUUGGCACGGCCGUGACGUCGGGCACGUUCAGCGUCGGAGGCCACAGCUGGCGCAUCCAAUACUUCCCGUGCGGCUACACGGGGAAGGAAAACGCCGGUUGGUUAUGCUUCGGUCUGCACCUUGUGGUUCUACCAGAACCAGCGGCCGCAGCAGACGGCGGCAUCGUCAAGGCAACUUUCUCGUUGAGCCUACUCGACAAGGACGGGGCGCCACUGCCGUCGCCGUACAGACGACGUGUGUCAUCCCUACUGGACUUCUCAAGCACACACAAUGAAUGGCAGUUCAAGCAAUUCAUCAGAAGCAAGGACCUCGAUUCACUCUGUCUCAAAGCAGAUUGCUUCCGCAUCAGGUGCGACGUCACCGUCGUCCUAGAGACACGCGACAAGUCGUCCGUGCUGGCCAGCGGGGUCGGAGGGGAUGUGACGUUUGAGGUCGGUAAGGAGACAUUCGUCGCCCACAAGAACGUGCUUGCGGCGCGGUCGCCGGUGUUCAUGGCGGAGUUAUUCCGCAGCAUGAUGGAGGAGAAAGCUGCCGCCGCCCGUGUGCGGAUCCUUAGGAUCCAUGCGAGGGCGUUCAAGGCCAUGCUGCACUUUAUCUACACCGAUUUAUUGCCUGAGAUAGAUGAAGAUGACAAGAUACCUAUGGUUCAGCAUCUCCUCGUGGCUGCAGAUAGAUAUGAUAUCCAGAGAAUGAAACUGAUCGGUGAGAACAAGUUGUGCAUCUCUGUUAACGCAAGCGUAGCGGUGACUACACUUGUGUUAGCUGUUGCCGUCGCCUCAAGGAGGCGUGCAUUAAUUUGCUGA